AUGCUUUCUAUCCUCGUUCUCACGACCACUUUCGCUGCUGCGGUAUUGGGCAGCCCUUACAACCAGCCACCGACGCCUACCAUUACUCCUGCACCUGAAUUGGUCGUACGUCAAUGUGGUGGCGUGGCUACCCACGUUGUCGCAAAGGGAGAAACACUCUCAAGAAUUGCCGUUGGGCUCGGGGUUGGCGUUUGCAAUAUCGCUGCAUCGAACCAUAUCGAAAACAUUAACACCAUCUACGAAUCGCAAACCCUCACCGUAAGACCUUCUGGAUGCGAGGCUGUUAAUAAUGGACCUGCAUGCACGCUCAUGCCCAAGCUUGCAUCAGUCCACGUAGCUGUUGCUGGGGAUACCUUGUGGAAACUAGCUGUUGCUCAGGGUAUUCCGCUGGCUUCCAUUCUUGCUGCAAACCCACUUAUUGCAAGCAAUGCGAUCCCUGUCGGGCAAGCGAUAGUUAUCCCAAUAGCACUCUAG